UGUGCCAGCCACCUGGAAACCAAGGCGUCCAGCACGCGGCCCGAGUGCAGCAUCAUGCAGGAGAUCGAGGAGGAGCGCAGCCAGUGCCUGGCAGAGCUGACCUGGGACAACCAGACCUCAGGCUGCAGGAGGCAGUGGGACAACAUCACAUGCUGGCCUGAAGCAGAGGUGGGAGAAGUCGUGGUACGGCCAUGCCCCAAGUACUUCAGAUUCCUGACCUCCUUCCUGGGGAAUGUGACCAGGAACUGUACAAGCCAGGGCUGGUCAGAUGUGUACCCUGCACCCUACGCUGUGGCUUGUGGCUAUGAUUCCAACAGCACUCCAGGGGAAGAGGUCUGUAAACCUGGAUGGGUGGACAUGCAGAUUUAUUUGCUAUUCAGAAAUGUUUCAUUCCUUCCCAACAGAAAACUACACUGUACUCGAAAUUACAUUCACAUGCACCUCUUCAUGUCCUUCAUCAUGAGAGCCAUCGCAGUCUUCAUCAAGGAUGUCAUCCUGUUUGAAAGUGGGGAGUCUGAGCACUGCUUCAUGAGUUCAGUGGGCUGCAAGGCCAUGAUGGUUUUCUUCCAGUACUGUAUCAUGGCCAACUUCUUCUGGCUGCUGGUGGAGGGGUUGUACCUUCACACCCUGCUGGUCAUCUCCUUCUUCUCGGAGAGGAAAUACUUCUGGUGGUACAUCCUGAUCGGCUGGGGUGCCCCCUCGGUGUUCAUCACUGCCUGGACUAUUGUCAGGAUUUACUUUUUUGAUGUUGGGUGCUGGGAGGAAAUAGUGGAAUCCCCAUUCUGGUGGAUCAUUAAAACUCCUAUUUUGGUGUCUAUUUUGGUGAACUUCAUCCUCUUCAUCUGCAUCAUCCGUAUCUUAGUCCAGAAGCUGCAUUCCCCAGAUGUUGGGCACAACGAAACCAGCCAAUAUUCGAGGCUGGCCAAGUCCACCCUGCUGCUGAUCCCUCUCUUUGGCAUUCACUACAUCAUGUUUGCUUUCUUCCCCGACAAUUUCAAAGCAGAAGUGAAGCUGGUCUUUGAGCUGGUGGUUGGGUCAUUCCAGGGAUUUGUGGUGGCUGUUCUGUACUGCUUUCUCAAUGGAGAGGUAAGACCAGACCAGCAGGGCUUUUCGGUUAAUGUUUGCAGCUAGGACAAAAUGAAUGCACGUAGAGAGCAGAUUGAGAAGUGUCCCAUUCCUGAUCCUUACAAUAUUGAGGAGAAGCAUCCAAAUCACAUCUCCCUCUCUCCAGGAAAACAAUUCAACCAUUUGCCUGACAGUUUUCAACACAAUUAAUAGAAACAAUCAAUAAACACAUCAGAGCUUGUGCUUCCACUGUAGCAUUGCUGCUGAGCCCAUCCUCUCCUCAUGAGACAGCAUCAGCAGAACUCCUGUGUGAACUUGCACAAUCCCUGAUCCCAA